AUGCAGCCGCCCAGAGCCUUUGGAUCUACCCCUCCAGGAGGGAUGCCAGGGUAUCCCACCGCUGCUGCACUGCAAAUGAAUGGCGCGGGGCCCCCCAAUCCGCAACCUCAGGGAUACUACGGCAACCCUGCUAGUUCGACGAAGACUGCCUAUGGAGCUGCUCCGGGGGCACAUCCUGCAUACCCGCAGCAAACCCCCUAUACCCAAGAGAUCACGGCGGGCAUACCGCCAGCCUCGGCGUUCGCAACUUCCCAGCAGCCCUCAAUGGCUCGUGCUCCGUAUUAUCCACCUGCCGCAGUUGCCGCCUACGCAGGCGCAGCUUCCCAGCAGCAAGACAUGGCGUCUCAGCAGCAGCUUCAGGACUUGCUGCAGUUCAACGCUCCCCGUCAUUUCAUAAGGGCCUCCGUUGGACGCUUGCCGAAUUCAAGCUCUCUGAGGCACAAGUGUCACUUGCCACUCGGUGUUGUUGUUCAGCCCCUCGCUCCCCCCGCCGUAGGACAGGCAGACGUUCCCUCUGUUUCUUUCGGGGGAGGCGCUGUCGUGAGGUGCAAACGCUGCAGGACUUACAUCAACCCCUUUGUGGUGUGGGAGAGCAGUGGGCGCCGAUGGAUCUGCAAUUUGUGCGGUGUCAGCAACGAAACGCCGCAGUUCUACUGCCGAGCAACAGAUGAAAAGGGCAGGCGAGAGGACCGCUUCGAGCGACCAGAACUCUGUAUGGGCUCCAUCGAAAUCAUCGCCCCCUCCGAUUAUAUGAUUCGUCCCCCCCAGCCGCCAGCCUUCUUGUUUCUUAUUGACGUCUCGCUGCCCUCCGUAGCAUCAGGCCUUGUCGAAUCCGCUUGCCAGGGCAUUGCAGACGCCAUCCGCAAGGAUCGCCUGCCGGGAGACAGCAGAACGAUGGUGGGAAUAGUGACUUACGACAGCAGCGCACACUUUUACGCACUCAAGACACAACAAACGAGACCGCAAGUCUUUGUAGUGCCUCAAGUCGAUGAUAUGUUUCUUCCACUCUCCGAGGACCUCCUUGUGCCCCUCCUUGAAUGCAAAGAAGCCGUUCUCAGCACUUUGGCCGCGCUGCCAGAUAUCUGGCGGUCUACCGGCUGUACAGAAAACUGCAUGGGGAGCGCUUUAAAGGCGGCCACGAUGGUGGCAAAACAUGUAGGUGGAAAAAUUCUGCUCUUCUCGGCAGCUCCUCCAACAAUGGGCGAGGCAGUGGUGAAAAGAGAGCCAAACAGAGAUAAGGGAAAUUCCACUACAGACAGAGAAACAGAUCUCCUCAAACCUGCAUCCGAUGCUUACCAGAAUCUGGGGCAGCAGCUGACGCAGAGUCAGUUGUCUGUCGAUAUGUUUCUAUGCCCCCCAGCACCUUCCGCAUCGUCUCCCACAGAAGCCGUGUACUAUCCGCCUCCCCCCGCGUCUCAGAGCGGCAUGCCGACAUCUCAGCAGCAGAACCAGCCAAUGAGUGGGGGACUGUCGGGUGCUGGUAACGUCGGGAGAGGUUCUCACCUCAACGGGAGUGUGCCUGCUUCGGGAGUGUCAUUCUACGACGUUGCAAGCUUCGCCACUCUUGCGCAGUUCACCUCCGGGGAACUUCGCUUCUACCCGUCCUUCACUCGCCAGCAACACGGCCCGAAACUUAUGGCUGAAAUCGAGAGAGUUCUCUCCAGGGUGACAGGGUGGGAGGCCGUCAUGCGAAUCCGUGUGUCUCGGGGCUGGAAGGUGUCUCAACGCCACGGGCGUUUCUAUCUGCGGGGGUCGGACUUAUUUGUGCUUCCCACUGUCAACGAAGAUCAGAGCUUUUCCGUGUCUCUCGAACUUGACGAAACUGCCACCCCAGGAGCCACUGACAACAUCCUCUCCCUGCAGGCAGCUCUGCUGUAUACAAACAGCGACGGCGAGAGACGUAUCCGCGUGCAUACGUAUUGCAUUCCCCUGACGCAGAACAUGCAGGAAAUUGCCGCUUCCAUGGACCCAGAAGCAACGGCCGCUCUCAUGUUGCAGCACUCUAUGGAUCUGUCUCUGCGUGCGAAAGUUGCUGAUGGAAGGUCCUACUUGCAGAAUCUCUGCGUGCAGCUGAUGUCAGCCCUUCAGCUGCCUGCAGCAGGACACAGUGCGUAUGGCGCACAGCCGUCUUUACAGAAUAAUGGGGAGCAGCUGAGGCGCCUUGCUUUCCUCAUCAUGGGAAUGCUCAAGUCACCUGCUUUCCGAAGCACCAAAGAUGUGACGAACGACAUGCGCGUCUACGCGUGGCAUCGCUUGGCUUCCGUGCCCUUAAGUCAGUUGGUGGCUUAUUGGUGUCCUCGUCUUUUCUCGCUCACUGAUUGGGGUCCAACUGAGGGUUCGCUGGAUGGGAAUGCGGAAGUCAUUCUGCCCCCCUCCAUCCCUCUAACCAGCGAGUCCAUGACGCAGGAAGGCGCGUAUCUCAUUGAAAACGGAGAGAGCAUGCUUCUCUGGGUUGGCAAAUCGGUGCCGUCUGAGUGGUUGUUGGCGGUCUUUGGUGUAAGCGCCUUAGAGUUCCUGCAUCCUGAGGCAGCCGCUUCAUCCCUUGGCAGGACCAACGAUUCUCUAGGCCAAAGGACUUACGCGAUGAUUAGCGAGCUGCAGCGCCAACGGCUCAAACCGGACUAUAUGGAACUGACCAUCAUCCGACAAGGCGACAGCAACGAGCAGCUGUUCUUCGCGAUGCUAGCAGAGGACCGAGUGCAGAGCCUGCCCUUGACCUUCACGGAGUUUUUGCAGAAAGUUGGGCAGCGCCAGUUGGCCCCAGUCACCCCGAUGCCUCCUGCACAAGCCCUUCCCCAAAAGUUCAUGAAGACUUCUGCCCAUCCAAGGCCUCUCCGGCUUUCGCGCACUGCCUUCUGUGGGGUCUGUGUGCCGGGAAGGUAUACAACAGCGAGGCCUGCGUGCCGGGCUGAUUUCAAGCCAUGCGUCCUGCCUCUCCUUCGUGAGUGCUUCCUAUCCAGCUUGGUAGAAGAAGCCUCGUGCAAGAGCGCGCGAGGCAUCACCCUUCGCUGCCACCCGGCAGCCAGCUGUAACAGUGCGUGUGACUUUGAACAGAGUAGGUUGCCGCACAACACUCCUGCAGGAGGGUCAUUUUGGAGGGCCACACGGGGCCUCCAAUAUGAGGGCUUAGCGAAGUUGGCCCUCCGUAGCAUACACUCUACCCAGCCCCUUUCUAAUAUACAGCUACUAUACGUACAAUGGUACCCUGUAACCACCUUAGCUCGCUGA